UUCAUUGAGCUCAUUUUGACGUUGAGAACCAAACCGAUAACGAACCUCCUCGCUUCUCACGAUGACCUCUACUCUCGUGGAUCUACGGACUAAAGCUUUAAUCAGUAAUACAUUGUCAACUUCACUGAAAACGCUGAAUUUACGUUCAAACUCGUGAACGAUAUUGGUUUAUAUCUUUUGAUCAAAGCUGAUAAUCCUUUUCUAUAAUCCUGAAAGAACACGUGAAUUUUGAUACAUUGCAUACAUAUUAUACUAUUACUUAUACAACUCGCAUACAUAUACGUAUAUAUUAAAAUUGAUAGUACCUUGCUUUAUUUAUUGUACGAGAUAAAUAAAUUUAAUGCGAAGAAAUAUAUAAAUUCAAAUAGUACAGUCAUCUUGUUUUCCCUGUUUAACAAUUAUGCAUACAAACGAGAAGAUCGUUCAUGUAUCAAUAUUCGAAAUCAUUAAAUUACAUUUUCUUUCUUUCUUGUGUGGCUUUUAUUUAAUAAUAAAAAGAUUUCCAAAGUGGAUUUGGGAUCCUAAGAAAUUUUUCAUGCUGCAACAACGAGAUAGGCCCCCUCCUUGUUUGGUGGACAAUAAUUUAGGAAUUCAUUCACAUGUAAAAAUCAAGGGUGUGAAGUUUCAUUAUGUAGAAGCUGGAGAUAAAGAUAAACCACUUAUAUUACUUCUACAUGGAUUUCCUGACUGUUGGUUGGCUUGGAGGGAACAAAUACCAUGUCUUUCUGUACAUUACAGGAUAGUAGCAAUAGAUUUAAAGGGAUUUGGAGAUAGUGACAAACCAGCAACUAAACGUUCUUAUAGAAUUGAAGUUUUAAUUGAGGAAUUAAAACAAUUUAUUUUAGCUCUUGGAGUAAAACAAUGUAGUAUAAUUGGUCAUGAUCUAGGUGGACUUUUAGGGUGGUAUAUGGUAGCCUUAUAUGGGGACAUGAUUCACAAGUUUGUUGUAAUUUCAUGCCCCCAUCCUAACUUUUAUUGGAAUAGAGUGACUGGGAAUUCUGUAUUUGAUUUAAAUAGAUUGCCAUUUCUUCCUGAAAUUGAUGCACUCAAAGAAGAUUUAUCCAUCAUAAAUGAUGCAUUUCAACAUCUUCAGCUUGGUGAAAUAAAUACUGACAAAAACUACGUAGAAGCAUACAAGUAUGCAUUUAGCAGAAAAGAGGAUUGGACAGGUGCUAUUAAUUACUUCAGAAAUCUUCCUUUCAUAAGACUUAAUACAGAUUCUUCUGAACAAAUUUGUACUAGAACCCUGCUUAUAGUUGGAAACAAAGAUCCACUUGUGUCAAUAGAAAACAUUAUACAAAGUUCUGAGUACAUUGAAAAAUUUAGUGUUAAAGUAAUUGCUGAAGCACAACAUUUUCCACAUCAACAAAAAUCAAACAUAGUAAAUACAGCAAUUUUAAAAUUCUUAAUGGGUACAGUAAGUAACACAGAGAAACCACCACCCAAGAGUAUUGUAUCUUCUUGGUUUGGAUCUCUAAGUAAUACUGUUAAAUAUGGCAAUCACAUGUUUGAUGCUGUUCAUAAAAAAACUAGUGGUGUGGUUAAUGUUUUACCUAGUAAAAUAUUAAUAUUCUUACCCAAGUAGAAAUCUUCAAAAUUUCAAUUUUUUGAAAAAUCUACUGCAAGGCUUUUGUGACCCUAGACGAAAAAAAAGCAUUUUCUACCAAAUAUAUAAUAUUGCAUAGUUUAUAAUUAUGGAUAUUAAGUGAUAAUAUGAUGCAUAAACAUAAACAAAGGCUGACUUAUUUUUGUUAUAUUACUUUUAUCAACAUUUAUAUGUAUAUUG